AUGACUGCUACUUCUUAUGAUACCAGACACAAUGUUAUUGAUUUGGUAGGUAACACUCCAUUGAUCGAAUUAAAGAAAGUUCCAAAGGCUUUGGGUAUAAAACCAAGAGUUUUCGCUAAAUUGGAAUUGUACAACCCAGGUGGUUCCAUCAAAGAUCGUAUCGCUAAGUCUAUGAUCGAGUAUGCUGAGGCAACUGGUGUCAUUUCUCCAGAAAGAAGCACUUUAAUCGAGCCAACUUCUGGUAACACCGGUAUUGGUCUUGCCUUAAUUGGUGCCAUUAAAGGUUACAGAACUAUCAUCACUUUACCAGAAAAGAUGUCAAACGAAAAAGUCUCCGUUUUAAAAGCUCUAGGUGCUGAAAUUAUUAGAACUCCAACUAUGGCUGCUUGGGAUUCUCCAGAAUCUCAUAUUGGUGUCGCCAAGAAAUUAGAAAAGGAAAUUCCAGGUGCUAUUAUCUUAGAUCAAUAUAAUAACAUGAAAAACCCAGAAGCUCACUACUUCGGUACAGGUAAAGAGAUUAAAGAACAAUUAUCUGAACUAAAUCUUUUCAAUAAACUAAAUGCCGUCGUUGCUGGUGCUGGUACUGGUGGUACUAUUUCUGGUAUUGCCAAAUUUAUCAAAGAACAAAAUUCUGAUAUCAAGAUUGUCGGUGCCGAUCCAAAGGGUUCCAUUCUUGCUCAACCAUCAGCUUUGAACGAAACCGAUGUCGCUGAAUACAAGGUUGAAGGUAUCGGUUACGAUUUCAUUCCAAAUGUCCUUAAUAGAGACGAUAUUGACGUUUGGUACAAGACUGAAGAUAAACCAUCUUUCAUCUAUGCUCGUCAAUUAAUCGCCAAUGAAGGUGUCUUGAUCGGUGGUUCCUCAGGUAGUGCAUUCUCUGCUUUAGUCAAUUACGUUGAAGAUCAUCCUGAAUUAACUGAAGAUGAUGUCCUCGUUGCUAUUUUCCCAGAUUCUAUUAGAUCUUAUUUGACCAAGUUCGUUGAUGACGAAUGGUUAAAGACAAACAACUUAUGGGAUGACGCUAUUCUAGACAGAUUCGAUGAGAACGGUAAAAAGAGAGAAUCAACAAAGACAUCCAACAGUGACAUUUUCAAUGGUGCCACCAUUAAGGAUUUACAUUUGAAACCUGUAGUUUCCGUUAAGGACAACACAAAGGUAUCUGAAGUCAUCAACAUCUUAAGAGACAAUGCAUUCGAUCAAUUACCUGUCUUGACUCAAGAUGAUAAAUUAAGUGGGUUGGUUACUCUAUCACAAUUAUUAAAGAAAAUUUCAAGUGGUAAGAUCACUAAAGAUGAUACCAUUGAAAAUGCAUACCUAGAUUUCAGGAAAUUAAACAACUUCGAUGAAGUUUCAUCUUAUAACGAUAACAAGACUGGUAAGAAGAAAUUUGCUACAUUUACCGUUGAUUCCAAAUUAGAAGACUUGAACCAAUUCUUAGACAAAAAUUCAUCUGCCAUUAUCACUGAUGGUUUAAAACCAGUUCACAUUGUCACCAAGAUGGACUUGUUACUCUACUUAGCUUAA